AUGUUCGCUCCACUGUUCCUCUAUGAUCAAGGCUUACCAGUCUUUCGCAAUCCACAGGGCAAAGUCGCCGAACUGCGACAGGAGUUGCAGGCCGUCGGAGGAAAGAAGGACAAGGGUCACCUAGGAAAGAAGAUUGCCCUCAAGAAAAUUGUGGCAAACAUGACCAUGAGCAACAACGACAUGAUCGCCCUCUUCCCCGACGUUGUCCAAGUCAUGGGUCUCGCGAGUCUGGAAAUCAAGAAGAUGUGUUUCCUAUACCUCGUCCACUACGCCAGGAUAAAGCCUGAGAUUGCUCUCAAAGCUCUGCCUCAUCUUGUUCAGGACAUGGAAGAUACGAACCCUCUGGUACGAGCCCUCGCCUUACGAACAAUGUCAUACAUCCACGUCCGCGAAUUUGUCGAAGCCGCCGUUACACCUACGAAGCAUCUAUUGAGAGACGCCGAUCCCUACGUGCGCAAAACUGCUUGUUUCUGUGUUGCCAAACUCUACGAUCACGACAAGACCUUGGUCGAGAACUCGGAUCUAAUCACUGGACUGAACAAUAUGCUGAGAGACGAGAAUCCUACGGUUGUCUCGAGUGCCCUGGCCUCUCUGACCGACAUCUGGGAGAGGAGCGAGUCCAUUAAACUCACCAUUGACUACAACAGUGCCUCCAAGAUUGCUUCCAUUCUGGCAGAAACCUCCGAGUGGAAUCAAACAUAUAUUCUCGAAGCUCUCAUGAACUUCGUUCCCCAAGACUCUGGCCAGGCAUCUAUGUUGGCCGAGCGCAUCACCCCUCGCCUUUCUCACACGAAUUCUGCCGUCGUUCUUGGUUGCAUCCGCCUUAUCCUCUACCUCAUGAACUACAUUGCAGACGAAAAAACCAUUACAGCUUUGAUGAACAAGCUUUCUCCGCCUCUGGUCACAUUGCUCUCCAAGGGACACGAAAUUCAAUAUCUGGCUUUGCGAAAUGUACUUCUGAUCUUGCAAAGGAGACCGGACAUUCUGAAGAAUGACAUCCGUGUCUUCUUCUGCAAGUACAACGACCCCAUCUACGUCAAAGUUACCAAGCUCGAACUCAUCUUCAUGCUCGCAACCCAGGACAAUAUCAAGGAAGUUCUGAACGAGCUGAGAGAAUACGCAACCGAAAUUGAUAUCCACUUCGUACGAAAAUCUGUCCGCGCUAUCGGAAAACUGGCCAUCAAGAUCGAACCUGCUGCAAGACUUUGCAUCAACACUCUCCUGGAGCUUGUCGCAACCAAGGUUUCAUAUAUCGUGCAAGAAGCGACUGUAGUGAUUCGUAACAUCUUCCGCAAGUACCCCAACCAAUACGAGUCGAUUAUCAGCACGUUAUGUGAGAAUCUGGAUUCUUUGGACGAGCCCGAGGCAAAGGCUGCCAUGAUCUGGAUCAUUGGACAAUACGCCGACAGAAUCGACAACAGUGAUGUCCUCCUAGACGACUUCCUGUACACCUUCGCAGACGAGCCGCAUGAGGUGCAGUUGGCUCUUCUGACAGCGACUGUCAAGCUGUUCAUUCAAAGACCUAAGAAGGGACAAGAACUCGUGCCGAAGGUCUUGAAGUGGGCUACUGAGGAGACGGACAAUCCCGAUCUCCGCGACAGAGGUUACAUGUACUGGCGACUACUCUCUUCUGACCCAGUAGCGGCAAAGCAAGUUGUGAUGGGAGAGAAGCCCCCGAUUACCGCAGAAACAGAAAAGUUGGAUCCAUUCACACUGCAAGAAAUGUGCUUGGUGGUAGGCUCGCUCGCGACCAUUUACCUCAAGCCCAUAAAGUCUGUCUUCCGUUCCGCUCGUCCACGCAUCGUACCAGAGAGCCCUGCGUUGCAGAAACACAGAUUACCUAGCCACCAGGCCAUGUUGGACGCACAAAAGCACUGGACAGAGAUGACUUCGAUGACUGGGGCACAGCAGCGACAAAAUGGCGAUGCACAUGCUGCUAACGGCGACCUUGCAGCAGCUGUCGACGCAGCGGACAUGUAUUUCUCGACUGUCGGUAGCCAACAAAUGGCAAGCAUGGGCCUGAAUGACGAUGGCUAUGCAUCACCAGUAGGUGGACCAGGAACGAUGUUUGUUGUGAACCAGAAUCAUCCAGAGCAAGUCUAUCAGCCUACUGUGGGAAAUGGCAACGGCGAUCUUUUGAGCUUCUAG